AUGGCCCUGAAUGGAGACACUCAGAUAUCGAGUCCCAUCUCUCCCGCUGAGGAGAUUGACGACCUGGGAAGAUACGAUAUCGUCCAAAAGAGUGGAUUGUCGACCUUUUGGUCACAGUUGAGCAUCAUGUUGCGAAGGAACACCAUUUUACAGAUUCGAUGGUUUCGAUCAACACUCUCGCAAUUCGUGGUCGCUCCUUUUGUCUUUAUGAUUCUGCUCUACGUCUUGCAACAGGCCGAUUAUGCAAAUCAAGGCAAAGCAAAUCUACAUCCGGGCCAGGCACCUUUACAAGGAAUACAACGGUGUCAAGGUCCUACGUAUGGUUCUCCAUGCGUCACGAUCAUGUACACUCCUGCUGAUCCCAUAUAUACGGGGUUUAUGUCCACUUUUGCUGCUAUCAAUGGUCCUAGAAUGGGCGAUGUUCCUAUGGUCAUUGAAAGUGCUGUCUCUGAUCCUGGCUUCUUCCCUGCACGACAAAUGGACAUUGUGCCUGUCCCAAAUGCAGACUAUAUUUAUAACUUUACUCUCUAUCAUCCAAAUUAUACUAGUUGGGGAAUUGUGUUUAACUACUCUCCCACACCUAAUCCUAAUUAUCAAUAUCAAAUAUGGUACAAUUCAACCCAAGUAUCUAAUGGAAGUGAUAUAUUUGGACGUGAUUUGACUGGAUUUAUGAGGGGAAUUGACGAGGCCAUAAUCACGAACUUGAAUGAUCCAACGGCUACAGUCAAGGCCAACAUCAGUGUCGAUAUUCGUGACUGGCCGGUCAUCCCCCCAUCAACAUUGUCUGAUUCCAUCGUCCAGAAUCUUGGACCAGUAUUCUUCUUCUGUUCCGUCAUGGUCAUUUUUAUCAAUGUAUUGAAUCAAAUAGUGUCGGAGAAGGAAGCCAAGCAGAGGCAUGGAAUGGAGAUGAUGGGUUUGAAACCAAGCUUCUUCUUGUUUGGGGAUGGAAUGGUCAUGUUUGCCUUCUUCAUAACAACCUUUGUACGAAAGGCUCGUGUAGCAGUCUUGAUCGGUAUCUUUGUAUUCGUCAUUGGAUUGCUAUUUGAAAGCUUUGUGUUUGGGACGAAUGUGCUUGGAUAUAUCUGGUGGGACGCGUCGACGAGUCCUGCUGGUUGGAUUGUAUUGAUGUUUUUCCCAUUCUUCAACUUUGGAAAAAUCUUUUUGGAUAUUACUACGUAUACGACAGGUCGCUUGGACUCUUUAACAAACACAUACAUUCCAGGACCGGGGUUCAAUUUGACGGCAUUGACGAACCCCAUUCCAAUCGAAUUACGGCCGACUUAUGGCGGCGGAAGUAUUCCAAACGUGCCAGCACCAGUUCAAUCGUGGUACUUUCUUCUUAUGAAUAUCGCCUUUUACGCACUCUUGACAUGGUAUUUCGACACUAUCAUCCCGAAUGAAUUUGGAAUGAGUCUGCCAUGGCAUUUCCCAUUCCUCGCUUCAUAUUGGGGCAUUGAGACUGGGAAACGAAAGGGCGUUGAAGCUCGAGAAUGGCUAGAAAAGGAGAAGAAGAAAACUGCUGAUGUCAAACCUCCUGCCAAUGAGGAAGAUGCGGUUGCUGCAGAGCGAGUUCAGACGCUCAGUGAAGAUUAUUGGCCAGCGGUUAAGAUUGUAAAUCUUCGCAAGGUUUUCCCAACCAAUCCACUCGGAUUCAAGUCAACGACAGACAAAAUUGCUGUUGAUGACUUGUGCCUUACAUUUAAAGAGGGUGAAGUGUUUGCCUUGCUAGGUCAAAACGGAGCUGGAAAAUCAACCAGUAUAAACAUCUUAUCUGGUCUCACUCCAUCUACAACCGGUGACUGUCUUAUUUACGGCCUUUCCGCGAGAAACCAGAUGCACCGAAUCCGUCGCAUCAUGGGUGUUUGUCCACAACACGAUAUUUUGUUUGACGAUCUUACUGCUCGAGAACAUAUUCGUUUAUACGCAGGUUUAAAGGGUGUGCCAUCCAAGUCUAUCGAAGCUCUGGUUCAGUCCCGAUUGACUGCAGUGAGACUACUAAAAGUUGCUGACCAAAGAGCUGGGUCAUACUCUGGUGGAAUGAAGCGCAGACUGUCUAUGGUUAUUGCUACAAUCGGUGAUCCUAAAGUGGUGUAUCUUGAUGAGCCCACCACUGGAAUGGAUCCUGUCAACCGACGUCACGUUUGGACGUUUAUCGAAAAAUUUAAAAAGAACCGUGUUGUCGUGCUUACGACUCAUAGUAUGGAGGAGGCCGAUGUCCUAGCCGAUCGUAUUGGUAUCAUGGCCCGUGGUCAACUCAAAGCUAUAGGGUCUUCGAUCGCUCUCAAGACGAAAUAUGGAGCUGGAUAUAGGAUCUCGGUAGUAACUGAUGCGUCUCGAGUAUUAGAGGCCAAGCAAAAGAUCCAAUCGCAAGUACCUGAUGCUAUACUGGAGGACGAGUCAGCUGGAGCCAUGAUAUUCCAAUUCCCGCCGAGCUCUACACCUGCUAUACCCGCGUUUGUAAAAUAUCUGGACUCGCAAAGUGACUCUAAGAGUGAUGGGCUUGUUAGAGCUUGGAGCAUUUCUAACACGUCCCUCGAAGAAGUCUUUUUGAAAUUGCUAAGGGACGGCGGUGUUGGUACUGGUGGAGCUGAUAGUGCAGCAACCAAAACCCUGUUGAGGCAACGCAUGGAUCGUUCGCAAUGA